AAGGACGACACCUGCAGCUGGCUCUCGCAGAACGCGGCGGCCAGAAGCGACCCUGGAAAAGUGUAAACAAUUAUUGACUAUUGGCGCCUUAGUGAGGAAUUUCGCCCAAACUAUCAAUGGAACUAAAGCUUUGACCUGUUGUGAUUUCCAUCUAGUAGACAGAUAAGGAAUGAUGCCCCCCUCGCCGAGCAAGUCUAAAAGCGUCCACAAAUCUUCGGGUAAAUUAUUCCGUCACAAAGACAAGGAACGCUCAGGAAGUAGUGGCAGCAGCAGUGGCAGUAGUGGGAAUAAUGGAAGCAGUAGCAGCAGCAGCAGUAGUAGCAGCAGCAGUAAACGAGAUGAACCAAUGGAACUGAAGGACUGUCCCCUGAGCCUACCAAUAGUUGGGUCAUUGGACCACGCUCGAUCACUACCUCGUUACACAGCAUUGGUGAAUGCGGAAGGGGUGUCCAUGGAGGAACUAGACGGUCUUCAGUUAGAGCUGGAGUUGCUGCUGUCAUCAGUCUUGGUUCGGCAAAUGGCGCUCAACAACCAGCUGUCCAUCAUUUACCAGCUGGAGAAAGGCAAAUAUGUACCUAAGCCUCCUGUGUCUCCGGGUAAGAAGAUGAAGCGGGAGGACGGUGAGAGGCCGUCCAAGAAGAUGAAGGACUCCAGCGGAAAGUCCCGAGAUGUUCUGUCCUCGCCUGGGCCUCCUCCUGGAGUUAAGCCACCCAAGUUUUUGUCAUGUCAUCAGGUUAAAUGCUCUGUCCAGAAAUAUGAACCAGUAUUUGAUGUGCCAGACUUGGGUCCCCCAGAGCAACCUAAACCGCCUCCACCAAAGAAUGACAUCACUAACCGUUUCUGGGCCUAUGUGGAGCAGUACUGUCAGGAGAUUACUGUUGAUGAUAUAAAGGUACUAGAGGACCUGAUCAACAGUCCUAAUGAUGACAGCGACUACUUUAAGACGCCUCCACUAGGGCGUCACUACACUCUGCGCUGGGCUCAGGAAGAUCUGCAGGAUGAACAGAAGGAAGGAAUGAAGCUGGCAGAAGGGAAGAAGAAGGGCGUCAAGGGGGAUUCGGGUAAUUCUGACUUGUCUGACAAACUCCUGAAGGAAGUAGAUAUGAACGGGUGCAGUGAUGACGUUGCACCACUUGGUCCCCUGACACAGAGGUUAAUUGCUGGUCUAGUGGAGGAGAACGUCUUGGUUUCUGAUAUUGAGAACAAAGGAGUUGAUGGGUUAGGCCAUACACGACCAGGCUUAAUCAAAUCGUUGGGUCUCGGUAGUGCAUCCAGCCUGGAGAAGCGAAUAAAGAAAGAACUCCAGGAACAAGGGGUUAUGGAGACAGACUAUGGAAAUGAGGAUGACGAUGAUGAAAUUCUAUCAGAGCUACGGAGAUGCCAGUCUGAGCUUCGUGCAGUUUCAGCUCAUAAUGUAACACAACUAACCCGCUUGCUAAAUCUUGCCCGCGAGUCGCUGGUACGCCAUGAUCUUAAAAAGAGACUCCGGGACUCAGAUCAGAAGGUGCUGGAGGCAUACCGUACAAUAGCAGCAGCUCGGCAGAAAAAGAAGACUCCCUCUAAAAAGGACAAAGAUAUUGCCUGGAAAGCUCUAAAAGAUCGUGAGGUCAUUGUUAGACAACUAGAUUUAGCUUCUAAUAAUAAUUGCUAAAUAUAGUAAUAUAUUAUGAAUGUCAGUCAUCUUUUGAUUUUUUAAGGUAUUUAAUGUUAUUCUUCUCAUCAGUUUAUCAUGGAAAAUUCUUGUCAUUUUGACUGAGACUGAAAAUUUUAUCUUAACUUCUUAGUAGUAAAAAAAAAUAUAUCGACAGCUUCAUAAAAUGUUUAUGAGCAAACAGUUCUUAUGAAUCUGUCUAUUAAUACCAUUGAAUGGAAAAACAAAAAUGAGACAAAUAAAUAAUAAGGUUUGUAAAAUGAUACCGGGUAUGUUCACAAACAGUUACUUUUGAUCAUUUUAAUACCAUAAAAGAGUUUACUGUUGGGUGCUCUUGGGAGUGCUUCACUUAAGCAUGUGACGGUUACUCAGUAUAGUAAUUUUAAGUAGAUGCUUCUUCUAUUUAAAUACAGUAUGUAAAAUAAUGCAAUUAUUUUUUUAACUUACCGCAUUAUACAGUCUAUGUUUAUGUAUAGAUUAAUUAGGAUUUGUAAAUUGUGUGUAUAGAAAAAAGUGGCCAGGAAUUGACCUCUUGACUACUGUACUAUAUUAACAACUGUCAUAACUCAUAGAAAAUUAUUGGUUGCUCAUUAUCAUUUACUGAAUAAUUUUACUAAUGCCACUCCAUUGGUGAAUUCCCUGCUAUAUUUUCUUUGUGCUUUUCAAUGUUUUAUAUAAUCAAACUUGAUAUCAAACAUGAAUAGAAAAAAAAUAUUGCAGUGAAUUUACAGAUGUGGCAUCACUACUGUACUCACUUCUAAACCACUAACCAGUCAAUUUGUGUGAAUUAUGUCAGUAACAAAGAAAGCCAAAAGUGGGUGGAGCUUAGUUGAUAGGUCAAUUGGUCACAAGGUGUAUCCAUGUGGACUGUUGAGAAAGUUUUCUCUCUGACAGUCGAGUCAUUCAGGGUUGAUAUUCAUAGAACUGAGUGAGGAAGCAUGAAAAGGGAAUAGAGGAUGAAUGUGUAACGCUGGUUGGUUGUGAACCAGAUUAUCAUAGAGACUUAUUGCAUCCUGGACAUUGUUCAUUUAACUGUCUAUGAAACAAUAUAAUCACCAGGGGUUAUUUGAACAGACAGUUUUGUGAGGAAUCAUUUGUCUUAUGAUGUAAUUAAAACUUUAAAUAUGCAGGC